CGGGACAUUCGUUUACCGAAUACAUAGAGCAAUGUCAUUUCUGCCCUGUCUGGUACUCGGUCGCAUGUGCGCGCUUCGUGACGUGCUCCUACCCACGCAAAAGGCUGAUUGCAGUGAAGUGAUUGUAACAGAAAUCAGCUUUUCGGCAUGACAGACACGCACGCGACGAAGCGGGCACUUGUGCAAUCCCACAGUGCACGUGUCUCGCUUCCAUCACACUAUCAUCCGUCUGUACCACAUAACCAACCGUCGAUGCCUCAACUACCUAAAGUACCUAACACACAUAGAAACCUGCCUUCCAACUACAGCUCUUAAGACACGUCAUCAUCUUGCCACAACCCAUACCGCCACAGACACGUCGCGUCGCAUCACACCGCCCGCUCUCUAUCCUGUCUGUCUAUCAGUCACGCACUCACUGCAUCAGAACUGCACAGGCAUCCUGGGCGGCAUCCUUCUUGAGUUGGACACCGAGCCCGGAAACCCGUAGCCAGCACUGUGUCCAAACAAGUCACCUGCACAAGAUGAAAGAAAAACCAAGUGCGGUGCAGUGCAUGACCACCACGAUCGCACCGCACGUGGGUGUCUCUUCUGCCCGCUCACUCACUCACUCACCAGGGAAGCCCAAGUUGUCCCUCUCCUUUUCCACCUCACCGAUGCCAGCAUGUCUGUGCUGCCCAGUCUGCCCCGAAGGAAACCCCAUCAGCCGAUCAAGCGGAUGACCACCGGCACCACCCUGACCAAACAGAUCAUUCAGUCCACCCCCCGCGCCGUCUGGGCUGCCGAACAGAUCGCUCAACGGGUCUCGUCGCCUCCCUGAUUGUCCGUGCGGCUGCUGCCAGAGGCUGUCGAAGCCAGGGAGGGAUGCGUCAUGCCGCCUUUGCUCCUCGUGUUGCGCUGCCUCCUGUCCGUCCGUGAGUUGAGCCAGGUGGUUCCUCUUGUCUUUGCCGAGGGAUGAGAGGAGCUUCUGCAGCUGGUCUUCUACAGAGCCUGAUGACGCUGGCGAGCCGAAGCCCCUGUCAUGUGGAGAUGAGCGGUCCCUCCUGCCCCGCCCGAAAAGUCUCUCCAGAUCUUCGAGCAUAUCGGUCUUCUUGUCAGCAGCAGCAGGUCUCCCAUCGAGUGGUGUGCGACCAGCCAUGUGCUCCGCAUGCACAGCACCAACAUCGUCGUGCACAGCCGCAUCUGCUGGCCGGGCGCCCUCAGAUGGUUGCUGUGGGGGCUGCUGUGCUGAUUGUGCCGCCUGGUCGACAGAUGGCUUGUCCACCUGUGCCCUCAGCUCGGCAGCAGGUAGAUCGGCGACGGUCGUAGCGGCGCUGGCGGGCUGUUUCUUGCCAUCAACGGCGGCUGCAGCGUGUUCUUUCUCCUUGGCAGCGUCCACCGGCUGUUCCUUGGAUUGGUCGGAAGCAGGGGGAGGGGCAGCAUUGACGUCUUGCUCAGGGUGGUCCGGGGCGACCGGCUCUCCCUCAAUGAGCACGGGCACCUCCCCUCCUCCUUUUGUCUCCUCUUGAGCCGCGCCGCCCUUCUCACCCUCAGUCUGACUGCUGCCGAUCUUGUCGGCUUGUGGCGGCGCGUCAUGCUGUGUGUUGCUCUCAACCGCCGCUUCCACAGGUGGGGGUCUCGCGAUACUUGGCAUCCCGUCUCGUCGAAACGCCACAUCUCCUCGGGCCACUGCUGCUGGUGCAGCUGGCGCUUCGUCGCCUCUGUCGAUUGCCUUGCUGCCGUCUUGCUUCACCGGCGCACUCGACGACGCCGUGCUGCCGACAGCUCCUGCUGCCGCCUUGUCGUGUGCGGUGGCGCCUGCCGGCUCGUUGGGAAGGUGGGGUGCCGGCCGCCGUCUCAGAAUGCCUUGGAAGGGGAUGUGACUGUGGCUGCUGCCCCGCUCGCUGUCACUCUCAGCAGUGACGGAUGCAUCCUUGUGUGCACCGCGCUCUGACAGGACCUGAAGAUCUUGGACAGCGGCGGCGGGAGGGGGAGGGGGAGGGGGAGGAGGAGGAGGAGGGGGAGGCUGCUGGGCCACAGGUGGCACGUGGACGCCUUGAGGGUCCGUCUUGCCGACUGGUGCCUCUGGUUGUUGGGGCGGUGGCAACUGCUGCUCCUCUGGCUGCUGAUGUGCUUGUGGUUGUGGUUGUGCUUGCGCGUUUGGGUCUUCAGGUAGGCUGGCGCCCUUGCGCGCCUGGUGCGUGAGGUCUGUAGCCUUGACUAAGACGGUCCAGCGCUUCUGAGGGACGCCGUCCAGCAUCUCCAGUGGAAGCUCACGGAAGCUCACGAACAAGUUGUAGUACAGGUACUGCGCACACAGAGCAAGACAACACAAGACAGCAGGGCGGAAUGAGGCCGCCUGCCUUUGUAUCUUGCAUCACGUGAGUGACGUUGCCUGCCAUGCAGAAGAAGAGGAAGCCGACGACGAGGUUCUUGAUGGCGAAAGAUUUGACUAUCAUCUUGCAGCCCUGAUCUUCGCUGGGAGUGGGGCGACGUUUCACACCAUUGCUGUUG